UUUUCCGGUUAACGCCGGAAGCUCUACCAUGGCUUGUUUACAUUCUUUCAAAGCUUUGGCGAACAAAACGCUGUCAGGUUUUUAGUAAAAUGUCGACUGACAAUCGUUUAGAACCGGGGAUCCUUCACAGUUUUUAGUUCCUGUUUCCCGCUGUUGUUUGUUGGACCAUGUCUCCGAGUUUCUACUUCCGUUGUAUCUGGGUAACGGUCCCGUUGCUCCUGCUGCGGUGGCCGUGGCUGCUGUUGCUGCCAGCGGCAGCUGAGCAGGUCGCUCAGGUGGAGGUUUUCCUGGAGCAGCGGCCCGGUGUCAACACUGUACUUCAGGGGGAGGUGGUGGAGUCCAGCGGGGACAGCGGCAGCUCCGAGGACCGAGAGGAGCUGGACGGAGAGCUAGUCCUGGUUCAGGAUGAGGAGACGAAGGUGAGUGAAGGUAAAGAGGAGGAUGAUACCAAAGAGCAGGAGCCAUGGAUUGGACUGGUGCCUGUGGAGAUGGAUGAUAACAAGUCAUCCACUGGGAAUCAGGAGUCAUUUGCUGAUGCAGUGGUCAAUAAAGUCAGUGAGAUGAAGCGGGCCUUGGUCCUCGGAGCUUCAGCCCUGAUCAUUUUAGCUCUCAAUCAAAACACCGUCUCUGAGAUGGAUCUGUCACAGGUGCUGUCUAAGCCCAUCAUUGUUAUCCAGACUUCUGAAAAUGUUACUAAGUUGAUUGGGGCUCUACUCAGGGGGCUUCAGGCAACAGCCAAAAUCACAUACAAGACCUUCCUGCGUGACAACCUGGGAGCCACGCUCACGCUGUGGUCAAGCUGCGGUCGAUCGAGGGGCGGACGCUACGGAGAGUGGCAGGGAGUCAUCUGCACUGGAGAAACCAACUCCCAGGUCCAGAAACACCUGAAGCAGUUGUGGGAUACUGUCCUCCUGGUGGCGCUAAUCCUCAGCACUGGAGUCAUCUUCCAAGCACGUUGGCAAUACCAGGACCAACAGCAGAACAAUGACACAGAGCUUCUUCCCAAACAGGACAUUCUGAAGAGAUUGUCGUCUCUAAAGACCAGAACGUUCCGUCAGCCUAAGUCUUGGUGUGACACCAGUCAGCAGGUAGAGGUUGACAGCUGUGCUGUCUGUUUGGAGCCAUUCAACAACAAUCAGUGUCUGCGGGUGUUGCCCUGUCUUCAUGAGUACCACAGAGACUGUGUGGACCCCUGGCUGCUACUGCAACACACGUGUCCUCUGUGCAAACGUAGUAUUUUCAGCAGUGUCUACAGAGACAGUUAACAGUCACCUCCUCACAUCCAUCACUGCUGCAUCAGUGGAACAAAAACCUUUUACUGACCUCGUAAAUUCCUCCAUCCAUUGAUGAAUUGUGGAAACCUCCGAGCAAAAACGUGGCUGUCGGGACUGUGAAGCAGUUGGACUUCAACUUGGACUUUUAGGUAGGUGCGACGUGCAAACGGCAGCAGCAUAAUGUACCUAUGUACCUUUAAAGUACCUACCUAAGUACUGUACUAGUACUGUUGCGUGUUAGCAGUAAAUCUUUCUUGGAUCCUGUUACUGUAUUUUUAAUCACAUAUGCCAGUCUUUACACGUAAGAGUGUGUAUAAACUGAUAACCUAGUAUUAGAGAGUCGGACGUCUGUGCAUGUACUGUACAUUCAGUGAUUAGUGACGACAGUUUAACCGAUUGUUGUCCAACUCAUUUGGUCCUAGUGAUAUCAAUAAGCAACUCAUUACCUGGACUGAUGGUUUUAAACGGUGGCGUCGUCUAGUGUUCAAACCUGUACUUGAAAUGACCUGUUAGUUCAUACAGUAGUACUGUAGUUCUGUAGUAGAGCAAAGUUAACUUUGUCACCUCUGGUAGCAGAUGUGUGGAGAAAAAAGAGGUUUGCACUUUUUUUUUUCUUAACUUGCCUUAUGUCAAAGAGCCUGAACUAAACUUGAUAAUGUUAAAACUGGUUUCUUAGGUUUAGUAAGUGUUGAGUCAGCAGAUGUGAAGUCUCACUUUUUUAAGCUUCGUUUAUUUUUCAUGUAUGGCCACACGAUGGCGCCGUCCAUACUCGUGUCAAUUAAGUGGCAACUGCGCCACUAAAACAUGACGUGACAGAAGCGAAAAGACUACUUUCACAAAGACAAGUAUGUAGUUUCCAUACUUACAAAGCUAAGCUAAAAAUAAGUCAACUGAAUAAUUAAUAAUUACUUGGAUUCUGCUUUAUACAUAUAUAUAUACACACACAUUUUCUUUUUUAAAUGAAUGAAUUCUUAGAUCAGUGUAAAAAAAAUUUCGACUAAUGCGCUGCAAUGAUGUAUAGUCCAGGUAAAAUGAAUGAGCAAGACCCAAAUGUGGAACCAACUCCAACCACAUCGUCCUCAUGAAGGAAAUCAGAAAAGACAUGAGAACGGAGGGUUCGAUUGCAUUUAUUUUUCUUUUCUUCGUUGUCUGUAAACUGGUGUGCUUCUUUGUUUUGUUACAAAAUGCUCAAUAGAUGUCCUUGAAAAUAAGUCUGUGAAUGGCAACAUGUGGAGAGUUCACCUCUAGUGACAUGUCCAGAGUGCUUUUAAAUGAUGCAAGUAGUGGUCAUAGGACAAGUCGGGUAGUCAGGUGUUACACACACACAGGCCGUCUUUCACACACACCCACACACACUCCUCCUCCUGACAGGAGUCUUACACCAGGUAACACCAGGUUCAACUUUUUUCUUUUUAACAGCAGUUUCGACCUGUGGAGGUCUUCCUCACACAGAGUGGUGUGUUUUGUUUUCUUGUCAUCUGU